AUGUUGUUGGAUGGGUCGCAAGAAAAAAUGUCAUAUGUGAAUAAGAUCAUAUGGCUAAACAGUGAAGGUGCCUCCUCUAUUAAACCCUUCUCAGUCACCCGACACAGUGCCAGCCACCCUCCUCUCUUCGUAGUCUCGACCAAAUGCUUCGCCUCUCCUUCUAGAACCAUCCACAUAUUCCAAACCCUAGGCGGGCACCCAUGGCGUCCCGCCGCCUCCUCUCUUCGCUUCUCCGUCCUCCGCCGCGCCCUCUCCGGCCGGCCGCCGCGCGUCCCCGGCCGACCUCCUCCUCGCGCGCUUCGCCGCCUCAGCCGCGCAGCCGUCGUCGCCGCCCCCGCCUUCCGCGGCACCGUCCUCGUCUCCGAUAUCGGGGGGGUCAAGGGCAAGGGCGUGAAUAUAAUGGUCGCGCAGGUGAUCGGUGCCGUCAUCGAUGUGCGCUUCGACGAGGGGCUCACGCCGAUCCUCACGGCGCUCGAGGUGCUCGACAACAACAUACGCCUCGUGCUCGAGGUCGCGCAGCAUCUCGGCGAGAACAUUGUGCGCACCAUCGCCAUGGACGGGACCGAGGGCCUCGUCCACGGACAGCGCUUCCUCAACACUGGAUCUCCAAUCACUGUUCCUGUUGGUAGGGCUACGCUUGGGUGUAUCAUGAAUGUCAUUGGCGAGCCCAUUGAUGAGAAAGGCGACAUAAGUUCUGCAGUGUAUUAUGAUGCAUUGGUGAGUUUGGGUGAUAAUUCUUUUUAUCACAUUCCUACAACAGAGACAAACCAUUUCCUCCCAAUCCAUCACGAAGCGCCCGCUUUCGUUGAGCAGGCUACAAAACAGCAGAUCCUUGUCACCGGAGUUAAGGUCGUCGAUCUCUUGGCACCCUACCAAAGAGGUGGAAAGAUCGGACUGUUUGGGGGUGCUAGUGUCGGUAAAACUGUGCUCAUCACGGAGCUGAUCAACAAUGUAGCCAAAGCCCAUGGUGGUUUCUCUGUUAGCACUUAGAAAACUCCUAUGCCCAGUGUGUGCUCGCGUGUGUUCUUCCAACUCACGCAGGAUUCGAUCCAACGUUCAAGAGCGUAUCACUACAACCAAAAAAGGAUAUAUUACGUCUGUAUAUGCCAUGUAUGUGCCUGCUGAUGAUCUGACGGAUCCUGCUCCUGCAACUACAUUUGCCCAUCUUGAUGCCACAACAGUGUUGUCCCACCAGGUUUGUUUACGGUGUUGGGUGCUUAGGUAAAAUGAUACCUCUCAACACUGUGUCCCUGUUCAUUUUACAAUGUCUUAUGUUAUAUAUCUUGUCUAGAUUUCUGAACUUGGAAUCUACCCUGCUGUGGAUCCACUUGAUUCAACAGAAUGCUUUCACCCCAUGUGUUGGGGGAAGAUCACUAUAACACUACCAGUGGUGUUCAGAAGGUUCUGCAGAACUACAAGAACUUGCAGGAUAUCAUUGCCAUUUUGGCUAUGGAUGAGCUCAGUGAAGAUGACAAACUCACU